GAACAGAUGAUCAAUGUUGUAGGAGGGGGAGAAAGAGAGAUACCGAUGGAGAUAUCCUACGCAACCUCGAGCAAUCUCAACAUCGCGGACUCCGACGUCAUCAAGGGGCUCGCGCGGCACGUCCGGGGCCCGGCGAGGGCGGGGCCGGGACCCCUCAUGGGGCCCACGCCGUCCUCGUCGGCCCUGAUCCCUUCGCCCCCCUCCCUCUUCGCCCAGUGGCGGUCGAAGCUCCAGAGCAUGUCGGCACUGCACGUGAUGGAGUUCGUGUUCCCGUGCACGCGGUGGAUCCGGACUUACCAAUGGCAGGAGUAUUUUCAAAUGGACCUCAUGGCGGGGAUCACGGUCGGCGUCAUGCUCAUCCCCCAGGCAAUGUCAUAUGCAAAAUUAGCUGGGCUUCACCCAAUUUAUGGGCUUUAUUCUGGUUUCGUUCCGAUAUUCGUAUAUGCCAUUUUCGGAUCGUCACGCCAACUCGCGAUCGGUCCGGUGACGUUGGUAUCCCUCUUAGUUUCCAAUGUCUUGGGUAACAUAGUGGAUCCUUCAGAUGCAUUGUACACAGAGCUCGCUAUACUACUCGCGUUUAUGGUCGGCGUAUUAGAAUGUAUAAUGGGGCUUUUGAGGCUUGGUUGGCUUCUGAGGUUCAUAAGCCACUCAGUAAUAUCCGGGUUUGUCACUUCCUCGGCUAUUGUAAUCGCGUUGUCUCAAGCGAAGUACUUCUUGGGGUACAAUGUGGAGAGGAGUAGCAAAAUCGUGCCGCUCGCGAGGAGUAUAAUUGCUGGAGCUGCAGAUUUCUCAUGGCCCCCCUUUCUAAUGGGAUCAACAAUCCUCGCAAUUAUUCUUCUUAUGAAGUACUUGGGGAAUUCGAAGAAGAGUUUGCGAUUCCUCAGAGCAUCGGGACCACUAACUGCGGUUAUACUGGGGACAACUUUUGUGAAAACAUUCCGCCCCUCCUCGAUAUCCGUGGUUGGCGAAAUACCACAAGGCCUUCCACAGUUUCACAUUCCUCGAGGGUUCGAGUAUGCGCAAUCUCUGCUUUCGACCGCCGUUCUCAUUACUGGAGUGGCCAUUCUAGAAUCAGUAGGGAUUGCCAAAGCAUUGGCCGCGAAAAAUGGGUACGACUUAGACUCGAAUCAAGAGUUAUUUGGCCUUGGAAUGGCAAAUAUAUGUGGUUCUUUUUUCUCUUCGUACCCAGCGACAGGUUCCUUUUCUAGGUCAGCUGUAAAUCAUGAAACUGGGGCAAAAACAGGAUUAUCAGGAGUUAUAAUGGGGUGCACAAUGGGUUGUGCUUUAUACUUUUUGACUCCAUUGUUUAGAGAUAUACCUCAGUGUGCACUAGCUGCCAUUGUUAUCUCUGUUGGAAUAAGUUUGGUGGACUAUGAGGAGGCCGCAUUCUUGUGGCGCGUAGAUAAGAAAGAUUUCCUUCUCUGGACUAUCACUUGCAUUAUAACAUUAUUUCUCGGCAUCGAGAUUGGUGUGCUUGUUGGGGUUAGCGCUUCUCUCGCAUUCGUCAUCCAUGAAUCAGCAAAUCCCCACAUAGCUGUACUGGGACGUCUCCCCGGAACUACGGUUUACAGAAACAUCGAACAGUAUCCCGAAGCAUACAUAUACUACGGAAUUGUUGUUGUUCGAAUUGAUGCUCCGAUUUAUUUCGCAAACAUAAGUUACAUCAAGGACAGGUUGCGUGAGUACGAACUCGACAGCACAGGAGCAACAAAAGAUACACAAGAAAAAGAAAGAAUUUAUUUCGUGAUUAUUGAGAUGGCAGCUGUUCCAUACAUCGACUCGAGCGCAGUUCAAGCUCUCAAGGAUCUGCAUCAAGAAUAUAAAUCUCGCGAAAUCCAGGUAGAGUUGUAUCUAUUUUGUUUUCAGAUUCGAUUUAUGAUAGAUUUUAAUGAUAUUACAAUCUUAGCUUCGAAUUUCUCACGCAGAUGGCCUUUUCGAAUCCAAACCGGAAGGUUCUGAUAACGCUUUCCCGUGCUGGACUCAUCGAGUUGAUCGGGAAGAGAUGGU